CGCAUGGAGGGGCCGGAAGCGGGAGCGGCAGUGACUCUACUUCCGCUUUGGGAUUUUUCUCCAGUGUUUGGGUUUCUUGUCGGCUGCUCAAGAUGAACCGAUUCUUCGGGAAAGCGAAACCCAAGGCUCCGCCACCCAGCCUGACUGACUGCAUUGGCACGGUGGAUAGCAGAGCAGAAUCCAUUGAUAAAAAGAUUUCCCGGCUGGAUGCUGAGCUAGUGAAGUAUAAGGAUCAAAUCAAGAAGAUGAGAGAGGGUCCUGCCAAGAAUAUGGUCAAGCAGAAAGCCCUGCGGGUUUUAAAGCAAAAGCGAAUGUAUGAGCAGCAGCGGGAUAACCUUGCCCAGCAGUCCUUUAACAUGGAACAAGCCAAUUACACCAUCCAGUCAUUGAAAGACACCAAGACCACGGUGGAUGCAAUGAAGCUAGGAGUAAAAGAAAUGAAGAAGGCAUAUAAGCAAGUGAAAAUUGACCAGAUUGAGGAUUUACAAGACCAGCUAGAAGAUAUGAUGGAAGAUGCAAAUGAAAUCCAAGAAGCACUGAGUCGAAGCUAUGGCACCCCAGAAUUAGAUGAAGAUGACCUAGAAGCAGAGUUGGAUGCAUUGGGUGAUGAGCUUCUGGCUGAUGAAGACAGUUCUUAUUUGGACGAAGCAGCAUCUGCACCUGCAAUUCCAGAAGGUGUUCCCACUGACACAAAAAACAAGGAUGGAGUGCUGGUGGAUGAAUUUGGAUUGCCACAGAUCCCUGCUUCAUAGACUUGCAUCAUCCAAGUACAUCAUGUAAAAUAAAUACAUAUGCUGGGAUUAGGAAAUAUUUCCAAAUUUGCCAUAACAAAUUUAGGUUUCUUUGCUUUCUUUGAAAGAAAGUUUAAUUACAUUGCUCCUUUUCAUUUUUUUUCCGUUAAAAACUUAAUACUUGGGCAAGCUUUCUUUGUACUAAAAUAUGAUUCUUUUCUCUUAGGGAAAACUAACUUAAAAGUAACUUUGACUUUAUAUGAUUGUUUUUCACUUAUUAAUAAUAAUUUGAAAUAAAACCAUGGAUAUUAGACUCUUAAA